AGCCACCAAGUUCGGAGAAGUGAGGAGCUGCAGAACGACAACCCGCAGCGACUCCACGCGCACAGUUACAGGGUCUUCGCGGGGAUCGGCGCUUGCGCAGAGCGAAUUCCGGAGCUGUUCCGGCCUCCGUGGCGCCAGCGCGCGCUCCCGCCCAGCCGAAGCCCUAGGUGGUCUGCGGCGCGCUCCAGGGGCGGUCCUGCGCGGCCGGCGCCGCCCUCCUCCGCGCUACCCUCUGCUCCCAGUCUCCCCUGCGCUUCCUGCACUAAGGCAGUCGCCGCCGGCUCCCCUUCUCUGCCUCGCUCACCCAGGCGGUGCCAUGGCGGCCUUCAGCAAGUACCUGACGGCGCGAAACUCGUCGCUGGCGGGGGCCGCGCUUCUGUUGCUCUGUCUGCUCCACAAGCGUCGCCGCGCCCUCGGCCUGCACGGUAAGAAAACUGGAAAACCACCAUUACAGAACAAUGAGAAAGAGGGAAAAAAAGAACGUGCUGUGGUGGACAAAGUGUUUUUUUUAAGGCUCGCACGGAUUCUGAAAAUUAUGGUUCCUAGAAUGUUUUGUAAAGAGACAGGUUACUUGGUACUUAUUGCUGUUAUGCUGGUGUCUCGAACAUACUGUGAUGUUUGGAUGAUUCAAAAUGGAACACUCAUUGAAAGUGGUAUCAUUGGUCGUAGCAGAAAAGAUUUCAAGAGAUACUUACUCAACUUCAUCGCUGCCAUGCCUCUCAUCUCUCUGGUUAAUAACUUCUUGAAGUUUGGGUUAAAUGAACUCAAACUAUGCUUCCGAGUAAGACUAACUAAAUACCUCUAUGAGGAGUAUCUCCAAGCUUUCACUUACUAUAAAAUGGGAAACCUGGACAACAGAAUAGCUAAUCCAGACCAGCUGCUUACUCAAGAUGUAGAAAAGUUUUGUAACAGUGUAGUUGAUCUAUAUUCAAAUCUUAGUAAGCCAUUUUUAGACAUAGUUUUGUAUAUCUUCAAGUUAACAAGUGCAAUAGGAGCUCAGGGCCCUGCAAGCAUGAUGGCCUACUUGGUUGUUUCUGGGCUGUUCUUAACUCGACUUAGAAGACCCAUUGGUAAGAUGACAAUAACUGAGCAAAAGUAUGAAGGAGAGUAUAGAUUUGUUAAUUCCCGGCUUAUCACAAACAGUGAAGAAAUUGCCUUUUAUAAUGGGAAUAAAAGAGAAAAGCAAACAAUCUACUCAGUCUUCCGAAAACUGGUGGAGCACCUACAUAGUUUCAUUUUGUUUCGGUUUUCUAUGGGCUUCAUUGAUAGCAUAAUUGCCAAAUAUCUUGCCACUGUAGUUGGUUACCUAGUUGUCAGUCGUCCUUUCCUAGAUUUGUCUCAUUCUCGGCAUCUCAAGAGUACACAUUCAGAACUUCUGGAGGAUUACUACCAAAGUGGAAGAAUGCUUUUGCGAAUGUCUCAAGCUUUGGGUCGAAUAGUUUUGGCUGGCCGUGAAAUGACAAGAUUGGCUGGUUUUACUGCUCGGAUUACAGAAUUAACGCAAGUACUAAAGGAUUUAAGUCAUGGCAAAUAUGAACGCACAAUGGUCUCGCAACAGGAAAGGGGUAAUGAAGGAACACAAGUCAUUCCUUUGAUACCUGGUGCCGGAGAAAUCAUCAAUGCUGAUAACAUUAUAAAAUUUGAUCAUGUUCCUUUAGCAACGCCAAAUGGAGAUAUCUUGAUCCAAGACCUUAAUUUUGAAGUUCUAUCUGGAGCUAAUGUUCUGAUUUGUGGCCCAAAUGGCUGUGGGAAGAGUUCGCUUUUCCGUGUUCUUGGUGAACUAUGGCCUCUUUUUGGGGGACGUCUAACUAAACCUGAGAGAGGGAAGUUAUUUUACGUUCCUCAGAGACCUUAUAUGACCCUUGGAACACUUCGAGACCAAGUGAUAUAUCCAGAUGGAAGAGAAGAUCAGAAAAGGAAGGGGAUAUCUGACCUAGUACUGAAGGAAUACUUAGAUAAUGUUCAGCUGGGUCAUAUCCUUGAACGUGAAGGAGGCUGGGACAGUGUUCAGGAUUGGAUGGAUGUACUCAGCGGUGGAGAGAAACAAAGAAUGGCGAUGGCAAGAUUAUUUUAUCAUAAACCCCAGUUUGCCAUUUUGGAUGAAUGUACAAGUGCAGUUAGUGUGGAUGUGGAAGGGUACAUAUACAGUCAUUGUCGAAAGGUUGGCAUCACCCUCUUCACUGUGUCACACAGAAAGUCUCUUUGGAAACACCAUGAGUACUACCUGCAUAUGGAUGGCAGAGGCAAUUAUGAAUUCAAACAGAUAACAGAAGAUACAGUUGAGUUUGGCUCUUAAAAUCUGGAGAACUGCACCUGCUUCAAUUAAAUAAUCACAGAACUCAUUUAGGAAUACAAAAUACGCUAUAAAAUGAAGUUGAGGUUUUUUUCCUAAAGCGACAAAUUAACUAGAUACAAAGUAAUCAGAACAAGUUGUUAAAACAUUUAAUAUGAUAUAGGAUAUUGCUAAUUGUGUAUAUCUUGGUUUAAUUAUUAAUAUGUACUAAGAAUGUCCUUAUUCUUGUGGUUAAAAACCUGCCUAAAUUAAAUUGGGCUUAAAUCAGUGUAACCUGAUUCCUCCUGGGAUGUAAACCAUUUGAAGUCAGCUAAUUUGACUUCUAUGGCUCUAUCUUUUCCUUCAAUGAAGAACCCUACUUAAAACUGGGGUCAUCACUAGUCCUGUUCUAACAAGUUAGUCCUGAGUUUCAUAUUCUUGUGCCCCAUGAUUAUGGGAAACAAAUCAGUGUAUUUUCAAAAUGUACAGCAUUAUUGCAUAAUAGCAUUUAUUACACAGUGGCAGACUUCUUUAGCUGCCACAGUUAUACUCAUUCCUUGUAUAUGUCUUGGGGUUCAUUUGACUCCAGGACAGUCAUUUGAAUUUUCUUUGCCUAAAUAAUAAAUGUGCCCUUCUCAGUCUGCAGUAUUGACUUGUUUUGAGGGUUCUUUGUGGUAAUAGAACAUAAGUAUAUGUGCUGUUUUGCCUGCAAGUAGUUGUCACUAUGUUUCACACCUUGUCUUCUCAAUGUUGGGAUAUUAAAAUAUGAAAUCUUUAAUAUGUCAGCCUCAUGGUCUUAAGAUUUUAGAUUUCUUUUAAAGAAUGUGUGUAUGUUAGAAGCCCAUUCAUUUGAAGUAUGGUGGUUACAUGGUGGUAAACUCCAGAUGAGCCAUAGGAAUGCACUACGUGAAGCAGCGCACUGCGCAUGCACUGUGACCCUGUCUCUGCGAUUUUGUGUUUAAAAAAUACAUUAUAAGAUUGUUAUGUACAUGGGAGAGUCAUGUUUCCUAGGCACUGGUUUAUCUCUGUAAAUCUAUGGUAACUUUUAUAUUGGGGUUAUUAUAUUGAACUACCCUAAGAAAAAUUGAUUUCACCUCGGCAAAGUACCAUUAAUGAUGACACAUAUUAUUUGUACAGGGAGAACUGAAACUGAAUAUUACCAAUAAGCUGGAUGUGAAGCAGUUUUAUCAAACUGGGAUUUGGAAAUGAGCAUUUUAUAUUCUUGUUUCUGCAUAACUGGUUUUGUUUUUUUGCAGAAUUAUCUAUAAGAAUCAGUGGCUACCGAAGUAAAACUUGAUGUAUCGAUGCCAUAAUACAUAUUCAGUUUUUACCACUCUCUUUAGUAAACUUGUAUACUUAACUUCUGUUCAGAUUAAAAAAAAGAUAUCCUAUAUAA